GAAAUUCUUCUUUUCUCUUAUUGUCUUGUCUAUUUUCUUUUCUUAUAUGAUCUUAUCUCUUCUGGAGUUUUUUCAUCUUUUCAUCAAAGCUUCCAUUUUAGCUUUACGUAGCUUUCUCUAAAUUAUUAUAGAUUUUUUUCUUUAUAAUAAGAUGCUGACUUUUAAACUGAAGAAUAUUGAAUGCACACAAAGCCCAAGAUGGCAGACCGCUAUGACUGCCACUAUUGCAAGGAGUCUCUGUUUGGAAAGAAGUAUGUUCUGCGUGAUGAAAAUCCAUAUUGUGUGAAGUGCUAUGAAAGCCUUUAUUCCAACACAUGCGAGGAGUGCAAGAAACCCAUCGGCUGCAACAGCAGAGAUCUGUCUUACAAGGAUCGUCACUGGCAUGAUGAAUGCUUUCACUGCUUCAAAUGUCCCCGUUCUCUGGUGGACAAACCAUUUUCAACCAAGGAUGAUCAGCUACUGUGCACGGAGUGUUACUCGAAUGAGUAUUCCUCGAAAUGCUAUGAGUGCAAGAAGACUGUUAUACCAGGCUCAAGAAAGAUGGAGCAUAAGGGGAACAGCUGGCAUGAGACCUGCUUUACCUGCCAGCGCUGCCAGCAACCCAUUGGUACGAAAAGCUUCAUUCCUAAGGAAAACACUAACUACUGCGUCCCUUGCUAUGAAAAGCAGUUUGCACUGCAGUGUGUGAAUUGCAAGAAGCCAAUCACCACUGGGGGCGUGACCUACCAUGACCAGCCGUGGCAUAAGGACUGUUUCCUGUGCACUGGCUGUAAGCAGCAGUUGUCUGGCCAGCGUUUUACCUCUCGUGAUGACUUUGCCUACUGCCUCAACUGUUUCUGCAACCUGUAUGCAAAGAAGUGUGCUGCCUGCACAACCCCUAUUAGUGGCUUAGGAGGUAGCAAAUACAUCUCCUUUGAAGAGAGACAGUGGCACAACGACUGCUUUAACUGCAAGAAAUGCUCGAUGUCCCUGGUGGGUCGUGGGUUCCUGACUGAGAGAGAUGAAAUUCUGUGCCCUGACUGUGGCAAAGAUAUCUGAUCACACAACGCAUUUCCAAACCUUUAACUCUUCUAUCAAAGUUCCAGCUUUUAUAUUUGUUUAAUGAAGAGUUUCUAUACAUAAUCAGUUUUAAAGGGGCUUUCUGUGCAUGCCAAGGUCUAUUAUCAUAAAACUGUGUCAUAUUAAGUCUGAAAAAAAAGUUUUUUGAACUUUGAACAACUUAAUAACGAGUUAGUUCAUUGUGAAUGUAAAAUCAAAAGAUUUACCUAUUAAAAAUGUUUCUUGUU